GCGGGGCGGCGUCACUUCCGCUCCCGGCCUCGCGGAGUCAAUAAGGAAGCCCGGGCGCGCGCCCGCUGCCCUUUUUCUCAGGCUGCCGGGAAGAUGGCGGACAUUCAGACGGAACGUGCUUACCAAAAGCAGCCCACAAUCUUUCAAAACAAGAAGCGUGUUCUGCUUGGAGAAACCGGCAAGGAAAAACUCCCUCGGUACUACAAAAACAUCGGUCUAGGCUUCAAGACGCCCAAGGAGGCCAUCGAGGGCACCUACAUAGACAAGAAAUGCCCCUUCACCGGUAACGUCUCCAUCCGGGGUCGGAUCCUGUCUGGUGUCGUGACCAAGAUGAAGAUGCAGAGGACCAUCGUCAUCCGAAGGGACUACCUCCAUUACAUCCGGAAGUACAAUCGCUUUGAGAAGCGCCACAAGAACAUGUCUGUGCACCUGUCCCCCUGUUUCAGGGACGUACAGAUCGGCGACAUCGUCACUGUGGGAGAGUGCAGGCCCCUGAGCAAGACAGUCCGCUUCAAUGUGCUCAAGGUCACCAAGGCUGCUGGCACCAAGAAGCAGUUCCAGAAGUUCUGAGGGGACUCUGGACAAUUCCCCGGAACAAAUAAAGUGGUUUUCUAGCUCACA